AUGGCGGCAGCUUCUAGAAAAUCAAGCGGUCCAGUCGGCAGAUUUCGUAGUUCCCCGCCACCGCCGGUUUCUUAUUCUUCCACCGCCUUCGCCUCCUCAUGUUCAACCUUUUCCACACGCUCCACAAACUUCUUCCACCGCUCCACCUCUCCCACACGUGUCAAUCUCUGCGGUUCUUCCGCUUCCGUCCGGUUCGGUUCAAUCUCCCCGAACCGUUCCAUCUCCGUCACCGGUACCAGCACUAGCAAGGCGGUCAAACGACAGAGCCACCACCAGAAGCGAACCUGCAUGUGCUCGCCGACAACGCAUCCCGGCUCGUUCAGGUGCAGCCUCCACAAGAACUUCGGCUCUCGCACAGCACCGGCGCCGCACUACGCGCCGAACCGGCUCAACGCGCGGCGGUCGGCGAUGACAAACUCGCUCGUGAGAAUCCGCGGCGUGGAAGGCGACCUCGUGAAGAGAGCCUUGGCCGCACUGAUCCGGCCGUCGUCGCACCAGCAGCGCCGCCGCGGUGACUUCCGGCCACGACCGAGCAGGCUAUCCGUAAUGUCCAAAGCAAAAGAACAUUGGUGA